AAAGCAGCGACGGAUGGCAGCACUGUUUUCUGCGCCUCUGCACUGCAAGGCACGAGGCAGACUCCCAAGCACAGGAACGAAGAGGGAGAGGAGGAGAAGCUAAACCAUGGCAAGAGUAGAAGCGGCGGUCAUCUGCCUCCUGGUCAUCGCCAUGGACGUCGCCGCUGGCGUCCUCGGAAUCCACGCGGAGAAGGCUCAGAGCCAGGGGAGGCACCUGCGGAUAAUGUUCAUCGAGUGCAGGCAGCCAGUCCGGCGGGCCUACGAGCUCGGCGUGGCGGCGGCGGCGGUGCUGGCGUCGUCGCACGCCAUCGCGAACAUCGCCGGCGGCUGCGCGUGCGCCUGCUCCGGCGAAAAGCUCCGGCGGUGGUCGCCCAACCGGCGGAUGGCCUUCUUCGCCCUGGUCCUCACAUGGAUGGUUCUCGUCGUAGGGCUGGCGCUGCUGGUCCUCGGCGCGCUGCCCAACUCGAAGCGGAAGAUGGCGGAGUGCGGGGUGGUGCGCCACCGGUUCCUCUCCAUCGGCGGCGUCCUCUGCUUCGUGCACGCGCUCUUCUGCAUCGUCUACUACGCCUCCGCGAACGCCGCGACGCGGGAGGAGAAAGGCCACGCGGCACGGAGCACGGGAGCGAGCGUGUGAUCCGUCGAUGACUGAUAGCUGCGUGCUCGAUCCCCCUCGUGUCUCUUGCACCGAACAUAUGCACACGCUUGUAUGGGUCCGUGGUCUCUUUUGUUGUGUGCAGCAAGUACGAACUUCUUGCCAUCGUGUUCGCGAAACGGCAGACUUGCCGCGCCAUGUCAAUGGAAUCUUGUUUUCUUGUAGGAA